AUGAGCAAAGCAGUUCUACCCAAAGAUUUCAUAUGGGGUUUCGCAACCGCGAGCUACCAAAUUGAAGGAGCCCCAGAGGAAGAUGGUCGUGGCCCCUCUAUUUGGGACACAUUUUGCAAAAUCCCAGGUAAAAUCGCAGAUGGAAGUUCAGGAGACGUAGCCUGUGACUCCUACCAUCGAGUUCCCGAGGACAUUGCACUUCUCAAACUUACCGGCGCAAAAGCCUAUCGAUUUUCUAUCUCCUGGUCUCGUAUCAUUCCUCUGGGAGGUCGUGAUGAUCCCGUUAAUGAGAAGGGUAUUGCUUAUUAUUCUAACUUGGUGGAUGGAUUGCUAGACGAGGGAAUUACUCCGUUUGUUACUUUGUUUCAUUGGGAUUUACCCGAUGCAUUGGAUAAACGAUAUGGGGGAUUAUUGAAUAAAGAGGAGUUUGUGAAAGAUUAUGCGCGCUAUGCUCGUGUGCUUUUUGAGGCGUUGCCGAAGGUCAAGAAUUGGAUCACGUUUAAUGAACCGUGGUGUUCGUCGAUCUUGGGUUAUAGCACUGGAUUGUUUGCGCCCGGUCAUACGAGUAAUAAGUUGAGAAGUCAGAUUGGAGAUAGUAGCACGGAACCUUGGACUGUGGGACAUAAUAUUCUGGUGGCUCAUGGUGCAGCUGUUAAGAUUUAUCGGGAAGAAUUCAAAGCUAAAGAUGGUGGUCAAAUCGGAAUUACUCUCAAUGGUGACGCCGUGUACCCCUGGGACCCCGAAGAACCAAAAGACGUGGAAGCCGCAGAACGCAAACUCGAAUUCAGCAUCGCCUGGUUCGCGGACCCUAUCUACCACGGCAAAUACCCCGAUUCCAUGCGAAAGCAACUAGGGGAUCGACUCCCCAGUUUCACCGACGAAGAAGUAGCGCUCGUAAAGGGAUCUAAUGAUUUCUACGGUAUGAAUCAUUAUACAGCUAAUUAUAUCAGACACCGGACUACGGAACCUGAAUUAAAUGAUUAUAUUGGGAAUCUGGAUACGUCUUUUGAGAAUAAGAAAGGGGACAAUAUUGGUCCGGUGACGCAGAGUGUUUGGUUACGUCCUAAUCCUCAAGGAUUCCACGAUUUGAUUCUGUGGAUUUCAAAGCGUUAUGGUUUUCCACCUAUCUACAUAACCGAAAACGGCACCUCCAUCCUCAACGAAAACGAUCUUCCCUACCCGCAAAUCCUCAAAGACACCUUCCGAGCGGAUUAUUUCCGCAACUACAUUCGCGCGAUGGCUCAAGCCGUCGAAGACGGUGCGAAUGUGCGCGGAUAUUUGGGAUGGAGUUUGAUGGAUAAUUUUGAGUGGGCCGAGGGAUACGAGACUAGGUUUGGGGUUACGUAUGUGGAUUAUGAGGGAGGACAGAGGAGGGAAGCAAAGGAGAGUGCGUUGGUUUUGAAGCCGCUUUUUGAGGAGUUGAUUAAGAAGGAAUGA